AUGGCCGAAUGCUACGAUAUUGUUAUUGUAGGCGCUGGCCCGGUAGGGCUAAUGCUGUCAGCAUGCCUCUUGCGCCUGGGGCCUUACAAGAUCAAGCACAUUGACCAACGGCCCGGGCCGACAGAGACUGGGCGCGCCAGUGGGAUCCAGGGGCGGACUCUCGAUGUGUUGCAAAAUCUGGAUCUUAAACGUGCCAUCAUGUCUUAUAACCCAGGCCGAAUCUACGAGGUUGCGUUCUGGGAUGCUUCCAAGGACGGGCCCGGGAUUCAGCGCACGGGGACGGCGAAGAGUUAUCCUGACUACAUUGAUACGAGACAUCCGUUUUCUACUAUCAUCCACCAAGGCAGGAUUGAAAAAGUAUUCCUGGAUGAUUUGAGGGAACGAGGGGUUGAGAUCGAGAGGACCUGGACCAUUGCAGGUUUUAGGAAAGACCCUUGCGGAGAGGAUUCCGACCAUCCACUGGUAGUGGACCUCGUCAGCGUUGACGGUACAAAACGUUCGACUGUACGAACAAAAUAUCUGUUCGGUGCAGAUGGAGCACGAAGCCGUGUAAGAGAUCUUCUUCGAGUGCCAAUGUUGUCGAAAGAUCCAACAGUCCAUGUGUGGAGUGUCAUCGACGGGGUGGUCAAGAGCGACUUUCCGGAUAUUCAGAUUAAAUGUACCGUUCAUUCGUCCAAAGGUUCAGCUAUGAUAAUUCCCCACGGGAACAACCGAGUUCGUAUAUAUGUCCAGCUCUUUCCCAAAAAUGGACAAGAACCUCUCGCGUUUGCGACGGUGCCGAAAAUCCAGCAGGCGGCAAAUGAAAUUCUAGCUCCCUAUACAGUGGACUGGGUGAUGGUGGAGUGGCACUCUGCAUACCGAAUUGGACAAGGACUCGCCGCAAGAUAUUCUCUCGAUGAGCGAGUUUUCAUUGGAGGAGAUGCAUGCCAUACGCACAGUCCUCGUUUCCUACAGCCCAAAGCCGGCCAGGGGAUGAACUAUGGCUUCCUAGAUGCACACAAUCUUGCGUGGAAGCUGCACCUGGUCGAAGCUGGCUUUCUCCGGCGCUCCCUUCUAAAAACCUACGAAGGGGAACGGAAGCUCGUAGCAGCAAAGCUGAUUGAGUUCGAUGCGACAUACGCGAACUUGUUUAGUUCUCAUCAGCCCGUUAACGGAAACAAUGUUGCCCCGAGCUCGGAAUUUGUCCAGGUAUUCAAGCAGAACUCACUCUUGACGAGUGGUUACGGCGUCGAGUAUCCCGUUAACAGCUUGACCUGGCCAUCAACAGCUUCUUCAACCAACACAACAGCUCUGCGUCCUGGUCGUAGCUUGCCUACCGCAACUGUAACGAGGGUUAUCGAUGCCCAUCCCGUCUACCUGGAACAGGAGAUCCCCUUCAACGGUAGCUAUCGAAUUUAUAUCUUUGCCGGCAAACCCGUAACCACCUCGAAGGCGAUACUUGAUCUCGCCGACCAUUUGCAGGCCAAGAGUAGCAUCUUUCGUCGAUAUCAGCGAAAGGACAUCGAUACCUCAUACGACGGAAGACACAAUCCCCACUUCCCAUUUUUCACCUUUUCGGUUGUCUUUCAUGCACCACGAUCAACAAUUGAAAUCCAGGAGAGACUUCCGUACUUUUUCACCUGCUAUAGGCACCACGUGUACGCGGAUGAUCGUGGAUCGUCGCGGGGGGGUGAAACUGCAGAGAGGAACGCUCACCUCAAGAUGGGCUUCGACGCAGAAACGGGUGGUAUAGUCGUCGUGCGCCCCGACGGGUACGUUGGAUGUAUCCUAGAGCUUACUGAUGGAAGAGCGAGUGCUUCAGCUUUGAAUAAAUAUUUUGAGGCAAUCGUACCAUUAACUGAGCAUGAUGUCGUGGCGCCAAAGCUGUAA